AUGACUCAAAGAAUCAGAUUCCCGUUUUGCUGUCUGAUCCGGGGUCUCGCGUUUCCACGGCUGCUUCUCUUUGGCGUGACCUGCCCCAGCGUUGUCUGCUGCCUAUUGCUACCUGACCUCGAGGGAAGUGCCCACCUCUUGCUUCUUUCCAGAAACAAGUCGAAACACGAGCUGGGCUAUUGUGAGACAGAAGCUAAGUUAGCCUUGUCUCUCGACUUUUGGACUCUGUCCUCUGAGAACCUUUUAGCUGUGUUGCCAGUUGAUCCUGUUAAAGAAAAUUAUGUUCGUAAAGUGAAAAACUGUAUUUUUUCAAUUGCCGUCCCUACUCCUUUGAAAUCAAGAGUACGUCUUGUAGCAGUUUCAAAGGAAGUUCUAGAAGAUAUUUUGGACCUUGAUUUAUCUGUCUCAGAAACAGAUGAUUUUAUCCAGCUUGUGAGUGGUGAAAAGAUAGUAUCUGGAUCCAUUCCAUUGGCUCACAGAUAUGGUGGCCACCAGUUUGGGAUCUGGGCAGGUCAGCUUGGGGAUGGAAGAGCCCAUCUUCUUGGAACUUACAUGAACAGGCAGGGUGAAAAGUGGGAGCUCCAAUUAAAAGGCUCAGGAAAGACCCCAUAUUCCCGAAAUGGUGAUGGCAGAGCUGUACUUCGUUCCUCAGUGAGAGAAUUUUUAUGCAGUGAGGCUAUGCACUCUCUCAGAAUUCCAACCAGCAGAGUUGCAAGUCUGGUUGUAAGUGACGAUGAAGUAUGGAGAGAUCAGUUCUACAAUGGAAACAUUGUGAAAGAACGAGGUGCUGUAGUGCUGCGUGUUGCAAAAUCAUGGUUUAGAAUUGGAUCAUUAGAAAUUUUGGCUCAUUAUGGUGAACUGGAUUUACUAAGGACACUAUUAGACUUCAUCAUACGGGAGCAUUUCCCCUCAGUAGAGGUCGCAGAACCUAACAGAUACGUGGAUUUCUUCUCUGUUGUGGUAUCAGAGACAGCACAACUCAUUGCCUUGUGGAUGUCUGUUGGUUUUGCUCAUGGUGUUUGUAAUACUGAUAACUUCAGUUUGUUAUCCAUUACAAUUGACUAUGGUCCAUUUGGUUUUAUGGAAGCCUAUAAUCCAGAUUUUGUCCCAAACACAUCUGAUGAUGAAGGAAGAUAUAAAAUAGGAAAUCAGGCCAAUAUUGGGAUAUUUAAUUUAAACAAGUUGUUGCAAGCUUUAAACCCAAUACUGGAUCCUAGGCAAAGGCAGCUAGCUGCUCAGAUUCUUGAGGGGUAUCCAGUUCUUUAUUAUACAAGAUUUAGAGAAUUGUUCAAAGCCAAAUUGGGAUUACUUGGGGAAACAAAGGGUGAUGAUGAUUUAAUUGCAUUUCUCUUACAUCUCAUGGAAAAGACAGCAGCUGAUUUUACAAUGACAUUUCGGCAGCUCAGCGAGAUAACUCAAAGCCAGUUACAGGAGCUCAACAUUCCCCAGCAAUUCUGGGCGCUGAAUAUGAUUUCAAAGCACAAGCUCUUUUCAGCCUGGGUAUCCCAGUACCUGCUGAGACUGAAGAGUAACAUGAACGAUUCAGAUUCUGAAAGAAGAAAAAGAAUGACAACUGUUAAUCCUAGGUAUGUGCUGAGGAACUGGAUGGCAGAAUCCGCAGUGCGAAAAGCAGAAAGGAAUGAUUUUUCAGAGGUCCAUCUUCUCCAGCGUGUUCUUCGGCAUCCUUUCCAGAAGCAUUCUGCAGCUGAAAAAGCAGGUUACUCCUCACCUACUCCUUCUUGGGCCAAGGACCUCAAAGUUAGCUGCUCAUCUUGA